CUGAAGGCAUCCGUAUUGUUGUUUGGUGUGCAUGAAAGUGUCGAGUAUCUUUAUUGAACAGUUUGUUAUCAAGUCGACAGCACUGUUGUUAAGUGCACUAACUACUAACACAUUUUCUAGGACGUUGUUCAGACGUUAGAACUGCUGAGUUUAUAUUACAGGAAGUCGCCAGCUCGUUAUUACACGGUAAAGCUGAAGCUAGCUACCAGCUAGCUGCUAAAUAACAGCUGUAGCUAAACAGGGAAGGCAGGGGAGGAGACCAUCAUCCUUAGCUGAACUAGCUUGGUUAAAGUUUGUAGUUUGUUGGUAAAAUUCCUGCUGUAAGGUUGGCCUGGUUAAAAAGUCUAUGAUGGGCAUGACCACUCGAAUAGAGUGCAUAUUUUUCAGUGAGUUUCACCCCACUCUGGGCCCAAAGAUAACAUAUCAGGUCCCAGAGGAAUACAUUUCACGGGAGCUCUUUGACACAGUUCAGGUUUAUAUCAUCACCAAGCCAGAACUGCAGAACAAAUUAAUAACAGUCACUGCCAUGGGAAAAAAGUUAAUCGGGUGUCCUGUGUGCAUUGAACAUAAAAAGUACAGCAGAAACGCCCUCCUGUUCAACCUCGGCCUCGUUUGUGAUGCCCAGACCAACACAUGCGCCCUCGAGCCGAUUGUCAAGAAGCUGUCUGGGUACCUCACAACUCUGGAGCUGGAGAGCGGCUUCAUCUCCAAUGAGGAGAGCAAGCAGAAACUUUUACCCAUCAUGUCGACUUUGUUAGAGGAGCUCAAUGCCACAGGAGCCUGCACCCUUCCCAUUGAUGACUCUAACACCAUCCAUUUAAAGUUAAUCCAACUGCGGAAGGACCCCCCCAUCGUACAGGAGUACGACGUUCCCGUCUUCACGCAGUGUAAAGAUCACUUCAUCAAAUCUCAGUGGGAUCUCACCACUCAGCAGAUCCUGCCCUACAUCGACGGAUUUCGACACAUCCAGAAGAUUUCAGCUGAAGCGGAUGUAGAGCUGAAUCUUGUUCGUAUUGCAGUGCAGAACCUCCUGUAUUAUGGUGUUGUCACCUUGGUGUCUAUUUUCCAGUACUCCAAUGUGUACUGCACCACCCCCAAGGUCCAGAGCCUCAUGGACGACAAGUCCAUUCAGGAGGAGUGCCUCGGCUACGUCACCAAACAGGGUCAAAAGCGAGCCAGUCUGAGAGAUGUGUUCCAGCUGUACUGUGGUCUGAGUCCAGGAACCACAGUCCGAGACCUUUGUUCUCGCUACUCGCAGCAGCUUCAGAGGGUUGAUGAGAGGAGGCUGAUCCAGUUUGGACUGAUGAAGUCUCUCAUUCGACGGCUGCAGAAAUAUCCGGUGAAGGUGAUCCGCGACGAGAGGAGCAGGCCGCCUCGACUCUACACCGGUUGUCACAGUUAUGACGAGAUCUGCUGCAAAACAGGGAUGAGUUACCAGGAACUGGACGAACGUUUGGAAAACGAUCCCAACAUCGUGGUGUGCUGGAAGUGAUGUGAUAUGAACUGAAAACAAAAACAGCUCUGUGGUGCACACAGCCACCUGACUGACAUACAGAGAUGCCUCAACCAAAGAUGCCUUCAGUGAAAGGGAGAGUUUUCUUGGAACAACCAAGACAAGUUAAAGUGAAGUAGUAUUUUGUAUAUUUUUGUUAUAUUAAUACGCUUUUCAUAAAGCACUGGGAUCAGUAUCUAGGAUGAGGUGAUAUUUAUUAAUGCUGUAGAAAAGAAAAUAUGUGAUUAAUAAAGUAAAUAUAACACAGUG